GUUCAGAACAUCCUGAACACGGCGCUGUUCAACGGUGCGGCUGUGGAAGUUACAGCAUUUGAUGCCGCCUUCUGCUUGAAGCGGCUGACUUCGGGCGACAUCACCUGCUUUCAUGCGGUGCCGACAGUCUAUGUCAAGUUUACCCAACACUUGGAUACGCUCUCUGCCCAAGCCAGAGCAGCGAUCUGCAAGGGGCUGCGAAAUCCAUCCCUGAGGUAUAUGGUUUCCGGCUCGGCGGCGUUGCCAGUGCCGACCAUGACAUCCUGGGCGGAGAUUUCGGGCCAUGUGCUGCUAGAGAGGUAUGGCAUGACGGAGAUCGGCAUGGCCUUGAGCAACCGGAUCAAUGGUACUCGCUAUCCUGGGUGCGUGGGGUGGACAUUGCCGGGCGUGGAGGUCAAGCAGGAUCAGGAGGGUGGCAUCCUGGUCAAAGGCGCGCCAGUCUUCAAGGAGUAUUACAAACGGGAGGAGGCAACCGCCAAGGAGUUCACAGAGGAUGGAUUCUUCAGGACCGGCGACAACGCCCAAAAGGGCGGCAGCCCCGAGGAGCUCCAGGCCUUACAGGACGAUGCUCGGGCAGUCGAAGCGUCUACUGGCAGGCCGCGCGCUGAUACCACGACUGCUCCGGACCCUGCACUGGCCGCAAUCUACCGGAUCCUAGGGCGUACAUCCGUGGAUAUCAUCAAGAGCGGAGGCUACAAGAUCUCAGGCCUUGAGAUCGAAAGUGUACUGCUCCAGCAUGAUAAGAUCCGCGAAUGCGCAGUGGUCGGAAAGCCGGAUGAGACCUGGGGUGAGAAGGUGACCGCGGUGUGUGUGCUCCAGAAUGAUGCCUCUUUGACCAUCAAGGAGUUGAGAGACUGGGGCAAGGAGCGGAUGGCAUCUUACAAGGUGCCGCAGGAGUUGGACAUUGUGACGGAGCUGCCACGAAAUCAAAUGGGCAAGCUGGAGAAAAAGAAAAUCCUCCAGAGGUACUCCGCCAAGUGA